AUUCUUAAAAAUUCUCAUUAUUUCGAUAACCAGACAAGCCCAAAUUUUGUAGUCCGAGUAUUUGUCCCCUGUUUUCUGUGUGUGAUUCGUGGAAUGUGCCCAAUAACUGAAAGGUAAACCUGCAAUGGCGGUCUCCAAUCACCGCAUAACACUCAGCUCUGAGGAAUAUGAAUCGGAUGUACACACAUUGAGAACAAUCAAAACCUUCGAUGAUCUCUACAAGACCUACCGACCCACCCUAGUACCGCCGAAACCCAAAAAGAAACCCACAUCCAUCCUGAGGAAAAGACAAACUGAAGGCUUCCGCAAUCAAAACGAUGGCAAAGAGACAGAAUGCCAUCAAAACGAUUGUCAAGCUUCGAAAUGGAAUCCUUGUGAUGUUACCACGCUCAUAGGACCAAGCAAUAGUAUAUUGAAUUUAACAUUAAGCCAGGAAGAAGGUACCACAACAACCAUCAAAGCCAGGGAGCAAAACAAUCUUGAGCAUGCGAAGUCCGUGGGCAGCAGCUCAAGCCUCCAGUAUGAUCAACCCAACCCACGCAUUGCUUCAGGUCGCAAUCCAUUCAGUAAAUAUUCAAAUAGCCUGUGUAAAUUUAACAAGUGUAAAUCUGGUUGUAGGCAGGAGAAAGCAUACGUGAACUGUGCAGAAUACUCUUAUGUGGAACCAGAACCAGAACAGAACAGGCUAUAUUCGGAACCAGAACAAAAUCAGAGCUAUCCCGAGUCGCAACAAACCCCUGUCGAUGCUGAGACUCGAGAAACCGCUGUCUAUCCUGAUGCUGAGACUCGAGAAGCCCCUGUCUUUACCGAAACUCGGGAAGUCUAUCCGGAGACUCAAGAGAAUCAAGUCUAUACUGAACCUCGAGAGAGCCAAGACUAUCCUGAGCCACGACGAGCGAGCCAAGAUUAUCCUGAACCACGACAUAGCCCCGUCUAUCCUCAACCACGAGAGAACCCCGUCUAUCCUAUGCCACGAGAAACCCGUCGCUUAUCCGAAGCAAACCCAUCCUAUGGCGGCUUGCCCAAAUUGCAACAAAAUCCCGUCUAUUCGCAACAAAAUCCCAACUACAGCGAAUCACAGCAGAGUCUUGACUUUGCCGAAUCGGACAGAAAAACGAAUCAUUACAAUGAGCACAACAAUUUGACAAUCGUUACUAGCAAUGGCACUGAAUAUCGCAAUGAAUCAUUCGUCAAGAUGCAGUCCUACGAUCCCUAUACGUUGUACUGUCGGUGCAGUAAGUGCCCCAAUCCCAAGGAUUUACAAUUCGAUCCGUACAGGAAUUAUGAUGAGGCAUCCAAUGCCGAUGUGGCUGCUGCUCGGUUUGCAAAUGCAGAACCUAAAGCUGGCACAGCAAUGAGCCGUUCGGAAGAGUCUCUUGCCGAAGAACAGCCAGCUUGUCAGCCUUAUUAUUAUUUUUAUCCGCCCAUGACGACUUCUGAUCCAAUGGAUGGCAAUACCUCGCCCGAAGAUGCCACACGGAGUGUUAGUAGACCAAAGACCAAAGGCAUGAAGAGACCUUCUAAUAUUCAAACGGGUUCCAUCAUAUCUGGCUUGCAGUCAGCGGCUGCAAAUCCGGCAGUGGAAGCCGGGAAUUACAAUCAAAAUCAAAACGCUGGCGUCAACUGCGUGGAUGUUGAGAGCUUCCUUGCCAAUUGCAAGAAAUGCGCGGUGACUUGUUGCGAUCCCCGUCAGGGCUGCUGUCCCUUGUACACACCUGCACGCAUGGGUUGCUGUCCCAGCCCCCCAAAGGCGGCCGCCUGCAACACCAACGAAUGCUACUGCAUGGGCUAUGUGCACGACAGUCUGCAGGAUCGAUCGGUCUAUGCCGCAGACUAUCGGCCGGUUAUGUGUGGCGGCAACAACUUUCAACACUUUGCCAAUGGCAUUAGUUGCCUCUGCGCAGAUCUGCCGGUGGGCGGUGGCUGCGGACCCUGCAGCAAUAAUUGUGCUUUUGGCUGCAGCUUCUCCACGGAACCACCAUCGUGCUGCGUUAGUCAUCAGCCCGCCUGCGGUCCAACUUGUCAGUCUUGCUGCUUAUAUCCACUGGCACAGCUCAGUCCGGGUUAUUGUAACUCGUAUCCUUGCGGCAGAUAUAAUACUUUUUGUAUGUAAAAGGCAGCGAUUUAAGUGCAGAUUGUGCAACAGUAAUCGAAAGUUUACAUUUACGGACAGCAGCAGGAAGAAAGGGCAGGAGGUGGGCCCAUGGGAUCUUUUUUAAGUUAAUCGUAAUUUGGUUAAAAGAAAAAUUCGUUUUGGAAUACAUUAAAAUUAGUUUAAGUUUUUCUAACUAAAUAAAAUAUUUAGGGUAUACAACAAAAUAAAAUAAACCAUUU